AGUCCGGUCCUCGGGCAAGUCGAGCGUGCUCGAGUCCUUGACCGGGAUUAGUCUUCCCAGGGGUCAGGGCAUAUGCACCCCGGCCCAUUAAUCACGCGUCUCCAGCAUGAUCCUGUGCCGACCCCUGUUCUCACCCUCGAGUACUACCUCGACAUGUCGGUUGAGACAGAGGAGGCACGCGUGGUUGGUGCAAUCAACUCUGCAACCGAGUCGAUCGUGGGGACGAGAAAAGGGAUAUCCCGUUCCCCGUUGACUCUCGUGGUCAAGAAGGACGACGUCCCUGACUUGACCAUUAUCGAUCUCCCAGACAUCACUCGGGAGACCAAUGAGAUGAUAAUGGAGUACAUAUCUCCACAAGAAACUAUCAUACUUAACGCGAUCCCCGCGAAUGUCGAUUUUUCGACUUGCGAGUCCAUCAAGAUGUCACGAGAGGUGGAUAAAACCGGGGAAAGAAAGCUAGUUGUUAUCACGAAAGCGGACAAAUCCCCCGAGGGACGAGCAUUCCAACCAGAAGAGCUGCAUGCUGGGAGCUUGUUCUCGAAGAAGAAGGCAAAACUGAUUAGCCGAGUAAAGGAAAUGGUGGAGAUGGAGAGGGUUUCCGACUACACGUGCGAUCCGGAGCACGUAACAGAGUGGAACAAGUUCAUGGAAAGCUCGGACCCGGCGACACGACUCAUCUGGAUGGCAUUGGGCGGGUAGAGAUGGGGAAGUUGAGGGAGCAGUACAGGCUCGGAGCAGGUGGGGGCGGGCGGGAUUUGGAAUGAGGACGAGAGCGGCGUCGCAUUGGAGGGUUGUGCAGAUCGAGGAGAAUGCAUGGUGGAUUGUGUUGGGGAUGAACGGAACAAAACACAACGGAAGUGUAUAAAAUCUUUUCCCCAAAUUAAUAAUAUGAACAACAAAGCACAAUAUACUCUAGAAAUCAGCACCACCACCACAAAUAAAUAGCAACGGAAAUAAAAUAAAGAACACACGAUUUACGUGGAAACCCCAAAUCGGGGAGAAAACCACGGCCGCUCAACAACGGCACCCAAACUUCCACUAAUCACCAAGAACCAAGUGGGUACAACAAGUUCUCCUCUCUAGUAAACACUAGAGGCAUACACAAUCAUCAAGGAGCAACCUUGGAACAACAACAAUCAACAAUUCAACAUAAAAUGGAGUAAAAACUCCCAAAAACGCAGGUCUGAAAACGCAGCUAGAAAACAGCCUUCCGGGCAUCAAAAUGAGAAUCUGACUGUUGGAUUUGAAGAGGAGUAUGUGAGGAACAACAUACUAAAAUUUGAGCACGAUC